AUGGCAUCUUUCUUCUCGUUCUCGUCGCCGGUCGACGUCGACGUGCGUCUCGACGGCGAGGAUGCGCGCAAGCAGGUCGAGAUCAAAAUGGACAAGGCGGGCAAGGAGAAGUGUCCCAUCUACUUUGAUGGCGAGGCGGUCAAGGGCUCGGUAUCAGUUCGUGUGCGGGACGGCAAGAAGCUCGUGCACGAAGGCAUCAAGAUCGAGUUUGUUGGCAGCAUAGAGAUGUUCUACGACCGCGGCAACCACUAUGAGUUUCUCUCGCUCGUCCAAGAGCUCGCGUCACCGGGCGAGAUGCGCGCAGCGCAGAACUUCGAGUUCGAGUUCAAAAACGUCGAGAAGCAGUACGAGAGCUACAAUGGCAUCAACGUCAAGUUGAGGUAUUACAUUCGAGUGACGAUAUCGAGGCGGCUGACGGACGUGGUCAAGGAGCGCGACAUCUGGGUGCACUCGUAUCGCAUGCCGCCAGAUUCCAACAAUGCCAUCAAGAUGGAGGUUGGCAUUGAGGAUUGCCUGCAUAUCGAGUUUGAGUACAACAAGUCAAAAUACCAUCUGAAGGACGUGAUCGUGGGCAAGAUCUACUUCCUUCUCGUCCGAAUCAAGAUCAAGCACAUGGAACUAUCCAUCAUCCGGCGCGAAACUACCGGUGCAGCACCGAACCAGUACAACGAGAGCGAAACCAUCACCAAGUUCGAGAUCAUGGACGGCGCCCCUGUUCGCGGGGAGACCAUCCCCAUCCGCCUCUUCCUUGGCGGCUUCGAACUCACCCCCACUUUCCGGGAUGUCAACAAGAAGUUUUCGACGAGGUACUAUCUCAAUCUCGUGCUCAUCGACGAGGAGAACAGACGGUAUUUCAAGCAGCAGGAGAUCACGGUGUUUAGGAUUCCGGAGAAUUGA